AUGAACACUCAAUUUUUAGAGAAAAUUGAAUACUUCAGGCAUCUUGGAGUUGUCAUCUGUGACUUGGGAGAAAACUGUGAUGAGAUAUUUAGUGUUCUUGAUGAGAAAAUUAAAAAGAGAGUGUUUAUCUAUGGAAAGUAUAUUAGCGAAUAUGAAGAGUUUGAUCGGACCUAUAGUUGGGAGGACGAUCCUGAUGUUAAAUUUGAUAAAGAAACGUGUUUAAACUUUUUAAAAGAAGAAAAACAAAAAACCAACUUUUUUGAAGACUUCAAAAAACGAAAUUUAGAAAUGGUGGAGAAAUGUGCGAGUAAAACAGAAUAUAUAAAAUCAAAUUUGUCUGGACUGAUGUUUGCCAAUUACGUUCUUCAUAAAAACGUCAGAGAAAUCUUCUUUCCACAGCGUGGAAUGGAACAAAUGGUAUUGAAAGGAGUUGCUAAUGUUAAAUUGGACGAUUUUUCAUGUAACAGAUUUGAGUUGAAUAAGUGUAUGGAUGUUGACAUCUACCUCAAAAAUACAAAAUUUGUGCGAAUGGAUAUGGGGUGUAAUAUUAAAAUACAAUUAAAAGGCAAAUGUGAUUACUUUUUAGUUCAACAUGUUGACGGAUUGAGCAUUAAACAAGAUGGAGACUUUCCUUUGUUGUUGACUCAAUCUUUUGAAUGUAAAAAUGUUGAACUUUUAAACAUAACUUCCCAUCAAAUUAUAUGUGAAAAGUGCAAAAAUUUGAAUUUCAAAAAUACUUGUUUUGAAGUUGCAUAUUUCGUGUUUUGUUGCAACUCAAAUUUGAGUUUACAACAAGACGUUUCGACUCGUAACAAAUUCAAAUUAAAAUUACAACCAAAAGUCGUGUUUUUGAAACUUGAAGGAAGUUGUGUUGAUGGUUUUCAAAAUGGUACAAAGACAAAGAUAACAGACAGCGACUUCUCACAAUUUAACAACACUUUUAUCAAAACACACAAAGAGCUUUUAUCUCAUUUCUACUCAGCCGUGUUUGUUGGCAAAAACAUAAUUAAAGGGACAGUGAAUGACCCACAAAAACUUGCAAACCUACCCAAAUCACUUCCUUUUGUUUUAAAAAUUGACUCAUUCAAAAAAGGAGUUUUCACAGUUGGAAAAACUAAGAAAGUAAUUUUGAAAGUCCCCAGUGGCAGUACUUUUGUGUGUGAAAAUGUAGAAAAUGUAGUAUGGGAAAAACCAACAGAAAAGCCAAUAAGAGAUAUUCCAACUACAUUUAUUGAAAAUAUAAAAACUUUGGAUAUUCACACAAUUAAUGAAAAGAUAAAAAGUUGUCAUAAAUAUGAAGAGCCGGAAGAUGAGACAAAACCCCAACAUUGUAAUUUUUGCACUACUAAUGACUAUUUUUGGUUAAAUGUUGUUGAUGAUAGUAGCGAAGAAGAAAGUUUAUCAAAAAACACAAAAAUUGAUUUUGAUAAAUUGCCAUCUAAAAGUAUUACAAUUGUCGGUAAAGUCGCUCAUCGUGUUGCACUUCUUAAAAAUUACACAGAGCCGUCUUUUAAAAUUGAAAAAGGAAAUUUUGACACCGCAAUUGUUGUUUGUGACGUGUACAACAUGAAGUCCAACGACUUUAGUAAUAUACAAACUGAAGAAGUCAUUUUAAGAAAGAGCAAAAAGAACAUUUUGUUGAGGUUCUUUGAUGUCGGCUUACAGACUUAUGUAUAUAUUCCUUAUAAACCAAACUAUAAAAUGUUAAUGUCAGGAUAUUACACGAAGUACUUACAAACUAAAUUUAUGCAACUCCCCAACCCGCCAUUCUAUGCUAAGAAAUAUGACUUUUCAGAAGUGAAAUUAAAUAAAGUCACAAAAAGACUCAAAAGUGGUGGUUUGAAAAUGAAAAAGUUAACCGCCUCAGAGAAAUUGCAACAGACAGUCAACGAACUAUUUCUGGAAAUUACAUGGUUGGUAGAAAGUGUUCAAAUGUAA